UUGGAUUUUUGGAUAUUUUUUUUGAUUUGGCAUUAUUCAACAAGAAAAAAAAUUUCGACAAAUUCCUUUUUUUUUGAAAAUUAUGUGAUAAUUAUGAGAACCAAUCCUACUACUUCGCGUCCCGGGAUUUCCACAAUUGAAGAAAAAAGCGUAGGGCGUAUUGAUCAAAUUAUUGGACCCGUGCUGGAUAUCACUUUUCCCCCGGGCAAGUUGCCUUAUAUUUAUAAUGCUUUGAUAGUCAAGAGUCGAGACACUGCCGAUAAGCAAAUUAAUGUGACUUGUGAGGUACAACAAUUAUUAGGAAAUAAUCGAGUUAGAGCUGUGGCUAUGAGUGCUACAGAGGGGUUGAUGAGAGGAAUGGAAGUGAUUGACACGGGAACUCCUCUCAGUGUUCCAGUCGGUGGAGCUACUCUCGGACGAAUUUUUAACGUUCUUGGGGAGCCUAUUGACAAUUUGGGUCCUGUGGAUACUAGUGCAACAUUUCCUAUUCAUAGAUCUGCGCCUGCCUUUAUCGAGUUAGAUACGAAAUUAUCUAUCUUUGAAACAGGUAUUAAGGUGGUCGAUCUUUUAGCUCCCUAUCGACGUGGAGGAAAAAUCGGACUGUUUGGGGGGGCAGGAGUAGGUAAAACAGUACUCAUCAUGGAAUUAAUCAAUAACAUUGCUAAAGCUCAUGGAGGCGUAUCCGUAUUUGGCGGAGUAGGGGAACGGACUCGUGAAGGAAAUGAUCUUUAUAUGGAAAUGAAGGAAUCCGGAGUAAUUAAUGAAAAAAAUAUUGAGGAAUCAAAGGUAGCUCUAGUCUAUGGCCAAAUGAAUGAACCGCCGGGAGCUCGUAUGAGAGUUGGUUUAACUGCCCUAACUAUGGCAGAAUAUUUCCGAGAUGUUAAUAAGCAAGACGUGCUUUUAUUCAUCGAUAAUAUCUUUCGUUUUGUUCAAGCAGGAUCGGAAGUAUCCGCCUUAUUAGGCAGAAUGCCCUCCGCAGUGGGUUAUCAACCUACCCUUAGUACAGAAAUGGGUUCUUUGCAAGAAAGAAUUACUUCUACCAAAAAGGGAUCUAUAACUUCGAUCCAAGCAGUUUAUGUACCUGCAGACGAUUUGACCGACCCUGCUCCUGCCACAACAUUUGCACAUUUGGACGCUACUACCGUACUUUCCAGAGGAUUAGCUUCCAAGGGUAUUUAUCCCGCAGUGGAUCCUUUAGAUUCAACCUCAACUAUGUUACAGCCUCGGAUUGUUGGCAACGAACAUUAUGAAACUGCGCAAAGAGUUAAGGAAACUUUACAACGUUACAAAGAACUUCAGGACAUUAUCGCAAUUCUUGGAUUGGAUGAAUUAUCGGAGGAGGAUCGUUUAACUGUAGCAAGAGCACGAAAAAUCGAGCGGUUCUUAUCACAACCGUUCUUUGUGGCAGAAGUUUUUACCGGUUCUCCAGGAAAGUAUGUUGGUCUUGCAGAAACAAUUAGGGGAUUUCAACUAAUCCUUUCCGGAGAAUUAGACGGCCUACCCGAACAGGCUUUUUAUUUAGUGGGGAACAUCGAUGAAGCUAGCACGAAAGCUAUAAACUUAGAAGAGGAGAGCAAAUUGAAGAAAUGAAAUUAAAUCUUUAUGUACUGACUCCUAAACGAAUUAUUUGGGAUUGUGAAGUGAAAGAAAUCAUUUUAUCUACUAAUAGUGGCCAAAUUGGUGUAUUACCAAACCACGCCCCCAUUAACACAGCUGUAGAUAUGGGUCCUUUGAGAAUACGCCUCCUGAACGACCAAUGGUUAACGGCGGUUCUGUGGAGUGGUUUUGCAAGAAUAGUUAAUAAUGAGAUCAUCAUUUUAGGAAAUGAUGCAGAACUGGGUAGUGACAUUGAUCCAGAAGAAGCUCAACAGGCACUUGAAAUAGCCGAAGCUAACUUGAGUAAAGCUGAAGGUACGAAAGAAUUGGUUGAAGCGAAGCUAGCUCUCAGACGAGCUAGGAUACGAGUCGAGGCUGUCAAUUGGAUUCCCCCAUCCAAUUGAAGACAAUCCAAAGAUUUCGUUGAUACAAAGAAAAAGGAAAGAAGGGUAGAAAAAGUUAUUAGAUAGCGAAGCGAAGUAAGUCCAAUGCUAUCUAGUAAUUUUUCUACCUACCUACCUACUAUUGGAUUUGAACCAAUGACUCCCGCCGUAUGAAAGCAAUACUCUAACCACUGAGUUAAGUAGGCAAUUUAUCACCACAAAAGAAGCCCCAUUACUUCGAUCGAUUAUAGAUUGAAUCCUUUUUAUAAGCAAUACCGCUCCGUUAUUGGUAUGUUUAUGUUAUAUAGUAAACGGAUCAAAGGGAUAUCCUCUGGCAUUAGAGAAUAUUCAUCUUGACAAGAAAUUAUCUAUAUGUUAAGAUAUCUCUGACAAGGGCUAUAGCUCAGUUCGGUAGAGCAACUCGUUUACACGUGCGCCAAUGCUUUUCAAGGGAACUUUUUAUGCAAUGAACAUAAUUGACCUUGUUGCAAAAUCAAUGUCUUACUUCAUGGAUUCGAAAGAAUAGAAGAACAGUAGCCUGACAAUGACAAACAGCUGGUUCAGUCCGAUUCAGGUGCCAAUUAAGGUGCUUACUCAAAUAGAACUCCUAUUGAUUUGCUAGUUGAUAAGGUAAAUAUCCAGCCCACUCAAUGCUAGGCGUAAUGAGGAUAAGGGCCUCCAAAAAACUUCUUUUCGUUCUAUGAACUUUAAGGUGUAUGAAGUCUCAUAGUAAACUCUUGCAGCGGAACGAUAGAGACUCCAUUUCACUUAGGUUGAUUUAAUUUAGGCCGGAGGCAGACCUAAGUCAAGGUAAUCCUCCUUUGAAACACUUUGGUAUUGUUCCUAGAUAGAUCAUAAGACAAAUAAUCAAUCAGAGCACAGGGAGCCAUCUUAUUAUCUUUCCCUAAAGAAAAACUAUGGCGAAUUAACUGAUCUUUACAUUAGUUGAUGAAAGAGCCCAAUGCAGAAAAAUGCAUGUUGGGUCUUUGAAACAGUUCGAAUCAUUUCGAUAAUAAUCUGUUUGAUCUGUUUUACCGAGAAGGUCUACGGUUCGAAUCCGUAUAGCCCUAAUAUAUACGUCUUUUUUCCAUUUUAGGAUGGAUAUCUUAUGUUUCCUUUAGUAUAGUUUUCUUUUCCUUAUUUAGUACUUGUUUAUAGACUCGACGGUCGAUUGCGCCAUAGAAUAGAGAUAAAAGCAUUACCAUAGGCUCAUUCAUCGAAACGCAAAUCAGAGAGACAGGAAAAGAAAAAAGAAUUUUGAUCAAAUCAAUAGAAGGAAGGAUCCCUUACCUGAUUUGAAUUUCAUCCUCCUUUAAAUAGGAUAUGCUCUAAGUCUUCCCAUACUUUCCUAUAAUGACUGCAACGAUUUUCUCCAUUUUGCGAAUUCCUAUUUUAUUUGAAGUAUAUUACUAUCAUAUACAUUAUCUAAAUCGAUCCACUUUAAAUAAAAUAGAAAAAAUCGAAAGAAAAAAAAAAGAAAGAGUAAAUAAUAAAACAGGAUAUUCUGUUUCAUAAUUCUGAAAUAGAGUUCUUUUUUUUAGUAUUACUCCUCAUUAGGAUGUAUAUAUUAAUCAUCCUAUUUUAAUAUAUAUUAAUCAUCCUAUUUUAAUUAGGUUCUAAUCCAAUUAGUAGUAAGUAUUUUCUUUUUUAUUUAAUAGUCUCUGACUAUCAUUAAAUAAAGGGUAGAGCAAUUCUUUUUUCUAGAGAUUCUAGAGAAAGUGAGACAAAGUGAAGCGAAAGAGUUUUCUUUGUAUAAGAAUUAGGUCUAUAUCAUAUCUAAAUAGAAGGGAAAUCAAAAAGAAGGGAAGUGGGGAUUACAUUGGAUGAAUCCUUAAGGAAGACAUAUCACAAAAGAAAUAAAGGCUAAAGUAAGCGCUCCUUGCCUUUGGUUUGAGCAAAACAGAUUCUUGUUUCACCGAGGAAAAGAGAGAAGUUCUGGAUAAAUUGACAAUGUCAACUUGAAUUGACUAAUUCAGUUCCGCCUAUUCCACAUUAAUGGGAGUACAUUUAUGUUUCUGCUUCACGAAUAUGAUAUUUUUUGGACAUUUCUAAUAAUAGCAAGCCUUAUUCCUAUUUUGGUAUUUUGGAUUUCAGGACUUUUAGCCCCGGUUAGUGAAGGACCAGAGAAGCUUUCUAGUUAUGAAUCGGGUAUAGAACCCAUGGGGGGGGCUUGGUUACAAUUCCGAAUACGCUAUUACAUGUUUGCGCUAGUUUUUGUUGUUUUUGAUGUGGAAACAGUCUUUCUCUACCCUUGGGCAAUGAGUUUCGACGUAUUGGGUGUAUCCGUUUUUAUCGAAGCUUUCAUUUUUGUGCUUAUCCUAGUUGUUGGUUUAGUUUAUGCAUGGCGAAAAGGAGCCUUGGAAUGGUCUUAACUGAAUAUUCAGAAAAAAAAAAAAAAGAAGGAAAAGAUUCCAUUGAGACAAUUAUGAGUUUGAUUGAGUUUCCGUUACUCGACCAAACAAGUUCCAAUUCCGUUAUUUCAACUACACCAAACGAUCUUUCAAAUUGGUCAAGACUCUCAAGUUUAUGGCCCCUUCUAUAUGGUACCAGUUGUUGUUUCAUUGAAUUUGCUUCAUUAAUAGGCUCACGAUUCGACUUUGAUCGUUAUGGAUUGGUACCAAGAUCAAGUCCUAGACAAGCGGACCUAAUUUUAACAGCUGGUACGGUAACAAUGAAAAUGGCUCCAUCUUUAGUGCGAUUAUAUGAGCAAAUGCCUGAACCGAAAUACGUCAUUGCUAUGGGAGCCUGUACUAUUACAGGGGGCAUGUUCAGUACAGAUUCCUAUAGUACUGUUCGAGGAGUUGAUAAGUUAAUUCCUGUGGACGUCUACCUGCCGGGUUGCCCGCCUAAACCAGAGGCUGUUAUAGAUGCCCUAACAAAACUUCGUAAGAAGAUAGCGCGAGAAAUAAUUGAGGAUCGAACUCUAUGUCAAAGUCAAAAGAAAAAUAGAUCUUUUACUACCCGUCACAAACUUUAUGUUCGGCGCAGUACUCACACUGGAACUUACGAACAAGAAUUGCUCUAUCAAUCACCAUCUACUUUAGAUAUAUCUUCUGAAACUUUUUUCAAAUCCAAAAGUUCAGUAUCUUCCUACAAAUUAGUGAAUUAGGAGGGGUUCUUUUGUGCAGAAAAAGAAAGAAAAGAGCAGUACAAUCUUUCAAACUUGCAUUUGAAAUGUGAAAUAUUUAUACAAAGGGGGAGAGAUCAAGACAAUGCAGCAGGGUUGGUUAUCUAAUUGGCUAGUUAAACAUGACGUGGUUCAUAGGUCUUUGGGCUUCGAUCAUCGAGGAGUAGAGACUUUACAAAUAAAAGCGGGGGAUUGGGAUUCCAUUGCUGUCAUUUUAUAUGUAUAUGGUUACAAUUAUUUACGUUCCCAAUGUGCUUAUGACGUAGCACCCGGUGGAUCUUUAGCUAGCGUGUAUCAUCUUACGAGAAUACAGUAUGGUAUAGAUAACCCAGAAGAGGUAUGCAUAAAAGUCUUUGCCCAAAAGGAUAAUCCUAGAAUCCCGUCUGUUUUCUGGGUUUGGAGAAGUGCCGAUUUUCAAGAACGCGAAUCUUAUGAUAUGGUGGGAAUUUCUUAUGAUAAUCAUCCACGUCUUAAACGUAUCUUAAUGCCUGAAAGUUGGAUAGGCUGGCCCUUACGUAAGGACUAUAUAACCCCCAAUUUCUAUGAAAUACAAGAUGCUCAUUGAGUGAUAAUAAAUUCAUGUUCACUUAUACAACACAAUUCCAGAUUUUAUUCAAGUCAAGGAAUAUUUUGACGUUCUGUUCCUAGACGAAACGAAAUACUUAGAAUAUAAUAUUCUAAUUAAUUCCUAUUAUACAAAAAGGUCCAGAUAGACUGAACAAAAAGGGCUUCAUUUCUAUUUUCCAAUUUGGAAAAUCACAUAUUUGUUUCCUUCGUAUGAACAGAAAAAUACAAUGACUCAAAGAAGUUCCUACCACGAACUUUGUACCGCGCAUAUUACUUAGAACAACUGGGAAAGUAGGAUAAGCAAGAAUAAAAAAAAAUAUAUUCUUCGGAAUAGCGGUAUACAAAAUUAAUAAGAAA